GGCAACUCAGGUGUAGGAAGUACAUCGUACUUUGUAAUAGGCAGUCUCUAGAAAAUUCGCGAUCUUUUUCUCAGGUCAUAUCCUCGAAAAACGUAACCGAGUUAGGCACAAGCAGUUUUGAUUACGGUUGCUUUAGAUAGACGCGCACCGCAUCUACAGUCGAUCUCUGCAAUCUUUCGAUAAACCGAGUUAUGGAAGGCGAGAACUACCCGCGCGGCCGAGGUAGAGGCCGAGGGCGUGGAGGUCGUGGUGGUUAUGACCCAAGUCAACAGGUUCAGGGUGGUUCUGGCGGCGGUCGUGGUGGCCGCGGAAGUGGAUCUCAACGGGGUGGGCACAAUCAGCCACCGGCUCAGCAUCAAUGGGAACAACAACGGCCGAGGGGCCAGGGUCCUGGCGAUCAACGACCUCAGCAACAGUGGGCUCAGAUUCCGGUCAGUCAUGGUGGCCGGGCUCCUUCUGGAGGGCCGCAGCGGGCACAAUUUCAGCAGUCUCACUCUCCUCAGCCGCUCUACGGCUCUAAUCGUGGCCCUGCUCCUUGGGGUGGGGCAGGUCGGCCACCUCCUCAGCAGUCUCAGUCCCAGUCCCUGCCACAGUCCGGUGGUGAUUGGGGUCCUCGUCCUAGGGCUUGGUCGCCGAGGGCACCAAUUCAGCAGCCGCCGCAGUACGGCGGUGAUAGUGGCCCUGCUCUUGAGAGUGGGGCAUACCGAGCACCACUUCAGCACCCUCAGAGUAUCCCUCUGGGCGUGGGGCCCACUGGCGGACCACCACAGUCUGUUUGGAGCGGCAAGCCCAGAGGUGUGUCUAUGGUUUCUUCUCCAUCUCCACCUCCAACGGCUCCUAAUCACCCUCAAGCUCAGUCUCAACCUCAAUCCCAAUCUUUUGAAAUUUCUUCAGGUAUUUUCUGUUCUUUUGUAUGGAAUGAGUUCCCGGUAAAAGUUACAAAUGUUGGCGUGAUUGGCACCCAUGAGUGUACCUAUUCAGUGAAAAUGUGGCAAUUAUAGACCUGUUUUAUUGCCUUUUCUUCAAAAAAAUAUUUAUGUAUGUUUCAGUACCUACUGAGGUUGGUGCUAGGACAUUGUCUUCAGAAAGUUCCAAAAACAAGCUUCAACCAAUCAAACGGCCAGAUACAGGAACGAUUGCUACCAGGAAAAUCAAUCUCCUUGUUAACCAUUUCCGUGUUACUUUUGGCCCUGAGACAACAAUAAUGCACUAUGAUGUGGCUGUCAACCAAGUCAACUCUGAAAAUCAGCCAUUGAAGAAAUCAAUAUCUAAAUCUCUUCUUUCCAUAAUCAGAAAACAACUUUUUGAUGAUAAUCCUCAAGGAUUUCCAGUGGAUAUGACCACAUAUGACGGUGAGAAGAACAUUUUCAGUGUAGUUCCACUACCCACGGGAGAAUUCAAGGUGGUUUUGUCCGGAGAUGAUGAGUCAAAGUCUCGCACCUUUAUGUUCACCAUCAAGCUUGUUAGCGAACUCAAGUAUUCAAAGCUCAAAGAUUAUUUGAGUGGUGUUGUGUCUCACCUACCUCGUGAAGUACUUCAAGCUAUGGAUUUGGUCAUGAAAGACAAUCCUACCAGGAGCAGGUAUAUUGUUGGUAGGUCAUUUUUCUCCAAACAAUACACCGAAGACCUUGUGCCUGGUAUUGCGGCUCAUAGAGGCUUCCAACAGAGCCUAAAGCCUACGUCCCAAGGUCUUGCUUUAUGUCUUGACUACUCAGUCUUGGCAUUUCGCAAACCGUUGGCAGUCUUGGAGUUCCUUCACCAGUAUAUUGAUGGAUUUAGAGUGGAUCAGUUUAAUUUAUUCCGGAAGAAGGUUGAAGCUGCUUUAAUAGGGUUGAAAGUGAAUGUCACGCACCGCAGAUGCAAUCAAAAGUUUAUUAUAUCAAACUUAACUGCGAAAAGCACUGGACAACUGACAUUUGUACUAACUGACCCUGAUGGAAAUAGUCCAGAAAGAGAAUUGUAUCUUGUUGACUACUUCCGUGAGAAACAUGGAGUGAACAUUAUGCAUACCAAUAUUCCGUGUUUAGAUAUUGGGAAGGGUAGGUAUGUACCAAUGGAACUUUGCAUCCUGAUUGGAGGCCAAAUUUUUCCGAAGGAAAAUUUGGAUAAGGACACAGGAAUAUUCUUGAAAAAGCUAUCACUUCCUCCGCCAGAGGAAAGACGGAAAACAAUUAAUGCAAUGGUGAAGGCUGGUGAUGGACCUAGUGGUGACGUCAGUAAAAACUUUGGAAUUGGAGUUGAACAUGACAUGACACAAGUUGUGGGCCGCAUACUUCCUCCCCCUAAAGUGAAGUUAGGAGGUUCAUAUAUGGUUUCCAUCAAUGAUAGAUGCCAGUGGAACCUUGUUGGGAAAACCGUUGUUGCGGGCACUCCGGUUGAACGAUGGGCUUUGAUUGAUUUCACCAUUUCUCACAAUUAUAACAAGCUUCGAUCACGUGAUUUUGUUGAAAACCUGAAGAGGCGGUCCAGAAACAUGGGAAUCCACAUGGAAGAUCCCCUAAUCUAUCAAGGAGCUCCAAUGCGCGAACUGUCCAGUGUCACCCUGGUUGAAAAUCUCCUCAAUCAUGUGGUUGAUUUAGCUAAGAAGAAAACGCAGGCCAAAUUGCAAAUAAUGGUAUGUGUUAUGCCUGGUAGGGACAAUGGUUACAAGUACUUGAAAUGGGUUUCAGAAACAAAAAUCGGGGUGGUCACACAGUGUUGCCUGUCUAGUACGUUCAACAAAGGGCGUGACCAAGAUCUUGCCAACCUUUGCAAAAAGAUCAAUGCAAAACUUGGGGGUAGCAACUUUGAGCUUCAAGGGAGGCUUCCACAUUUUCAGGGUCAAGAGCAUGUCAUGUUCAUUGGGGCUGAUGUCAACCAUCCUGCUGCCCGGAAUGUCACAUGUCCAUCCAUAGCAGCAGUCGUUGGCACAGUCAACUGGCCUGCUGCAAAUCGCUAUGCUGCUAGGGUUUGCCCACAAAAGCACCGUACUGAAACGAUCCUUAAUUUCGGCAGCAUGUGUUCCGAUCUGGUCUAUGCUUAUGCUAAGACAAACAACGUAAGACCAAUGAGGAUUGUGGUCUUCCGUGAUGGCGUGAGUGAGGGUCAAUUUGAAAUCAUGCUUAAUGAAGAGCUUAUUGAUAUGAAGAAGAAGAUUUACACGGCAGACUAUCAACCGCCCAUCACUUUUAUUGUGGCCCAAAAGAGACACCAAACUCGUCUCUUCCUCCAGAAUAGGAACGAUGGGGGUGCGUCAGCCAAUGUGCCCCCUGGGACAGUUGUCGACACAACAGUCGUGCACCCGUCUGACUUUGACUUUUACUUGUGCAGUCAUUAUGGAAGCCUCGGUACAAGCAAGCCCACACAUUACUAUGCCCUUUGGGAUGAGAACCGUUUCACCUCUGAUGGCUUGCAGAAGUUGAUUUAUGAUCUGUGCUUCACUUUUGCCCGUUGCGCAAAAGCCGUCUCGCUAGUUCCACCGGUGUAUUAUGCGGAUCUGGUUGCUUAUAGAGGACGCAUGUUCCAAGAGGUGGUUUAUGAGAGUCAAAAUGCUGGAUCAUCUUCAUCAUCCUCUGGUCCUUCAUUCCAGCAUGAGUUCUAUAAUCUUCAUCCUGAUCUCAAAAACAUAAUGUUUUUCAUCUGAUGUUACAUAUAACAUCACAGUAAUUUCAACUUCUAAAAAAUCCAGAUCUCAAAGUACAUGCUUUACCAUUUAGGGAGAUGUAAAAAGUAGUUUGUGAUGAAAUCUAUUUCUUUCAGUGCUAGUAUGGGGAAACUUUUCACUGGAUUGUGUUUCGUUAAGCUUUAAAUAUUGUUUGAGCUACUGAGGAUUCGUAUGGUGACAUGAUCUGUUUUCUGAUUUUCAUUUGUUUUUUAGUUUAUAGAAUAUAAUCAUAUUUGAUCUA